AUGAUUGCUAGUGCCGAUGGAUCUCCACUAAUUGAAUAUCCCGUUUCUAGUCAGGUGAACAAUUAUACUCUAGCCAAGAUCAAGCGCUCAGAUUUUCCAGAUGAUUUUGCAUUCGGCGCUGCAACUUCGGCUUAUCAGAUUGAAGGAGCAUGGAAUGUAGGAAGUAAAGGAAUGAGUAUUUGGGAUGUUUUCACACAGAAACAACCUGGUGGUAUUGCAGACGGUAGCAAUGGCUGUGUUGCUAUUGAUCACUAUAAUAUGUUCCGGGAAGACGUGACUUUGAUGAAGAAAUUGGGUUUGAAUUCGUACAGAUUUUCAAUAGCAUGGUCUAGAAUCUUGCCAGGAGGAAGAUUAUGUACGGGCAUAGAUAAAGAUGGAAUUAAGUUCUAUAACGAUCUCAUUGAUGCACUCUUGACAGCAGGCAUUGAGCCAUAUGUAACUCUCUUUCACUGGGAUGUUCCCCAGUGUUUGGAAGAAGAGUAUGGUGGUUUCCUAAGUAACAGAAUUGUGAAGGAUUUUUGUGAGUUUGCUGAGAUUUGCUUCUGGGAAUUUGGUGAUCGGGUGAAAUAUUGGAUCACACUAAAUGAGCCAUGGUCCUUUAGUGUUCAAGGAUAUGCGACUGGCGCUUUUCCUCCUAAUCGCGGUAAACAUCCAACAACUACAGGAGAGGCCACAACGCAUUCCCGUCUUCAUAGAGGUAGAUCUAGACAUCAUAUUGCUUGCAAGUAUGGAGAUCCUGGCACAGAACCGUAUAAAGUGGCACACAAUUUGAUCCUUUCUCAUGCGUAUGCAGUGGAUAUAUAUAAAACAAAAUAUCAGGAAAAUCAAGGAGGUCAGAUAGGGAUGACAAAUUGCGUUCAGUGGUAUGAGCCUCUUACUGAUUCUCAAGAAGAUAAGGAUGCUGCUUCUAGGGGACUUGAUUUCAUGCUGGGAUGGUUUGUAGAGCCGCUAGUAACUGGAGACUAUCCAGAAAGUAUGAUAAAAAAUGUCGGAAAACGUCUUCCGAAAUUUGAAGAAAAAGAGGAGAAGCUAGUGAAAGGUUCCUAUGACUUUUUAGGCAUAAACUAUUACACGGCUAGUUAUGCCGCCAAUGAUCCAAUAUUGCCAACAACUGAUAGUUACCUUACCGAUUCGCACAUUUUGACUUCGCAUGAUCGUAAUGGGGUGCCUAUUGGUGCGAAGGGUGGUUCGGAUUGGUUGUACAUAGUUCCAUGGGGAAUUUACAAGCUUAUGCUUGAUAUAAAGGAAAAAUAUCAGAAUCCGGUCAUUUACAUAACAGAGAAUGGAGUGGAUGAAGUCAAUGAAAAGACCAAAAGUAGUGCACAAUGCCUCUCAGAUGAAAUAAGGAUUCACUAUUUUCAAGAUCAUCUCUACAACCUUAAGCAAGCAAUGAACCAAGGCGUAAAUGUGAAGGGUUACUUCAUUUGGUCUUUGUUUGAUAAUUUUGAAUGGGCCUCGGGAUACACUGUUAGAUUUGGCAUUAUUUAUGUAGACUACGUGAAUGGACGUUUCACAAGGUUGCCAAAAAACUCAGCUGUAUGGUUGAGGAAAUUUCUCACCAAGAAGGUUGUAAAUCCAGCAAACAAAGAACCUGAAAAAGCUGACGAGCGCCGUAAAAGGCUAAGAAGCGGCUAA